AUGGUGGUUUUCAUAGACUUCGACGACGAUGCGCUUAGCCCGCAUCAUAUCUCGGGUCCCUCCAAUCCCUUCCUACAUCCCUACAUAGAACCCAAAAAGCCUGGGUUAUCCGAACUAUUACCUGUCAAACCGGACGAGCCGCAUCGUGCAGCGGAUGUAUCCGCGGACAGUGAUCGCUCCGCAGACCCGUUACACAGCAUUUCUCCCAUCUCUAAAGCGCCACAACAAAAUCCAAAUCGGAAUGCUUUCUCAGCUGCUCUGAGCUGCUAUCCGAUUAUCAAAGCAAUUGCUCGCUCGGUGGAUCUGAAUACUCUACACGCCCUUUCACGAACAUGUCGUCAAUUCCACGCCAACCUGUCUCCCUAUCGCCCGCAGCUGGUUAAGCAGACCUUGCGUUGUGAGAAUGAGUAUAUCGAAACACUAUCGGACAUGUUGAACAGCGGAGCUUGCAUUCCCGACAGCGUCAAGUCGGUUAUGCGUUUGCUCAGCCAGAAUGCCAGAAGUUCCGGACGCCUGACCAGUGGCAAAAUCUCUAAAUGCGCCCGAGAUAUGGUGGCCGAAUGCCGUCGAUGUUCCAAGGUUGUGUGCCGGAAUUGCGUUAUCAAGCCUCCAUCCAGCCACAUGCUCAAACACCGCAUUCGUCGUCUCUGCACCACUUGUCGUACGGCCCCUCUGAAUGAGCUUAUCGAGCAACCCUACGAACAUGCUCAUCCACAGAAAAUCUACACACAUGCGCCUUCACACCCUCCUCAGUCCAUAAUCUCGGCAUUCCAACGUACGCCUUGCUCCUGCGAUGAUGCUAUAUGGCUUUGUCAUCAAUGCGGACACCAAGUACGCAGCAGCGAUACCACCUACCGACGGGUAUGGACAUGGCGCACUCGUUAUAGUACCUAUCUUGGUGGCCUCGGCACUGGGAUUGGAGAAGGCUGCCAAGGCGUCAAGUGCGGUAGAGGAGAGGAUUGCCUUGCAGCCCAAGAAAUUGAGCUAGAAGUAGAAUGCGAAGCGGACGAAGCCUCAGGGAGCCCCCCUGACUAUGGUCGCUACUAUGAACAUCGCCACAGCCAGAGUCCUCCACGACACCACAAUCACGCCCAUGACGGCUGGGAGCAUCGUGAGGAAGAAGAACCGGGCUACUUUCGACAGGAGAUUAUCGGCAUCGGAGGCCGCGUCAAACACAAGGCGAAAAAACGAGUCACGGUGGGUGCUUGCGUAGUAGAGCAUGAAGAUGAGCGUGAAACAGGCGAGUAUCUUACUAGAGAGGAGCGGGGACAGCAUAGAAGCUGGUGCGGAUGGUGUUGGAGAGUCAUUCCGGCCAGGGAUGAGCUGUGGGGUGUUAAAUGACUUUACGAACGUUAGAUAGAUGAAGUAAUUGCCAAGGGCUUAUGUAGCGAACUUGCCUGGUAGGCGAAGACAGGAUGUGAACGCGACUUGGUAUCCUGGAUAUUUCAAAGUUUUCUGGCUGAGAUUCAGUCUCAUCUAGCGAGAUAACAGCAGGUAAUUUGAUGGCUUGAUCAUUAUGUCUAGCAGCAGUCAACAGUGGAUAUUUCCUAGAAUCAUGAAUAUCAGCAUCUCCCAGAUUAUUCUG